GCAGUAUGGGUAAAUUUCAAGAUGGUGGCUCGAAAUUGAAAAUAAAUUUUGGAAGAAAAAUAUGGAAAUGAACCUUCGUAACCUUUUCCAAGACUUCAAUCCAAGUAAAUUCCUGGUAUACGUGUGCCUGUUCAUCUUCUCUUUCCUGUUUGCCUUGAAGCUAGAUGGUACAAUCACUUGGAACUACUGGGUUAUCUUCCUUCCAGUAUGGCUGUGGAAGAUGCUUGUUAUCUCUGGGGCCAUUGUAGGUACAUGUGUCUGGGUGAAACAUCCGCAGUAUAGAUUGGAGCACGAUGGACCAAAACAGUUUCACGCCAUGAUAAUCAGCACAUCAUUGCACCUUCUACUUAUGAUGUUUGAGAUUCUACUUUGCGACCAAUUAGAGACAAGGCGUCACCUGUACGUGUUUGUGUUUAUACCUCUUAUCUUCAUGUCCGUCGUAUCUAUCGGGAUAUGUGUGUGGUCUGUUAAGCAUGACAGAUCUUUCGAGAUGGAGCUGUUCUGUUCUGUUAACAUACUACAGUUUAUAUUCCUUGCUCUGCGACUAGAUAAGUUCAUUGUUUGGAAAUGGGUGAUUGUACUCAUUCCACUGUGGAUCGUGAUGUGUGUUGCGCUUAUUGCCGUCCUAUAUGCCAUUAUUCUUGCCAUGAUUUUGCUCAAAUCUAACGACAUUGUACCUGAGCAGCGUAGAGGGAAUGUCUGUUCUGCAGUCGGGUACACAUGCCUUGCUAUACCCAUGCUUAUAUUCCAAAUUCUCCUGGCUAAUAGGUUAGAUGGAGAGAAUGAUUAUUCCUACAUUGCCAUAAAUAUCCCUCUGCAAGUGUCUCUCAUCACUCUAAUGUGUAUGGCAUUUGGUUCAAAAUCAGGCAAUCAUUGGUGGUUUGGUAUAAGAAAAGACUUCUGUCAAUUUAUCCUCGGUGUGUGUCCUUUACUCCAAGAAUAUGGAAACGUGUCAUAUAAAAUACAACGAUCUUCACACAAUCGUCAGCCUGACACCCAGACUAUAGACAGAGAUAAACCUAGCACUAGUAAAAGCAUUAAGUUUAUUAACCCUGAUGACCCAUGUAAGGCUACACACCCCAUGGUUUCAAUAGAGGUGCCUGAUUGAGAUUGGAGUACGACAGGAGGGGAUAAAUCUCACGUGGAAUAAGGUUUUACAUGGUGCUUGGGUAGAACAGAUGCGUUUUGCAUUCCCUGGAACUUCAACUUAAGGAGAGGAAUAAGUAAGAAUUGAAUGAGAAAGUUAGAGAUGUGUG